ACCCCUCCACAGACCACUCUCUUCCUCCAUCACUCCUCCUGCUCCAACCAAUGAUGUAGACCUAUAUAUGUCUAUGACUCGUAGACCUGCCCCCACAGUCAUUCCAACAGCUGGCACUACUGCACCCGCACCUACAACCCCAACUACCAUACCUGCCAUCACACUGACAUCUACCAUCAGAUCUAAACCCACCCCCACACCCCGCACCAGGGCUCUCUCCGCCCCAGGACAACAGCCUUUCGCCAUCCCUCAGCACACACCUUCCGCAGCUCAAAGACCCACCUCCAUGCCCUCUACCUCUACCCCUGCUCCCCCAGUACUGGCUGCUCUUCCAUCCCUCUCCUUCACGGAUGAUGGUGACUUGUAUGAAAACUUGCCGGGCCUGCAAGGCCAGUUAGCGAGUUCUGUGAUGAGGAUGACGUUUGUCUGUCCGUACUGCCAGGAGAGUGGUCUGGAUGAGAGGGAUCUGUGGGUUCACUGCAAUGGCAAGCAUCACUAUGACAACAGGCCCGUGGUGUGUCCAGUGUGUGCCUCUCUGCCUCACGGUAAUCCAAACCAAAUCAGCAGGGACUUCAUCAUACAUUUGAACCUGAGACACUGCUACUAUACCAAGGACUACACGAACAUCAAUCAAACCGACACGUUGAACUUGCAAGAUGCCAUUAUUGAGUCUCUCCGGGAUGCCAACUUGAAUCCCAGAUGAUUUUUUAUCAAUAUCAGAUACAACAUCAAUAAUCUAGCAAUAUAGAAAUAACACACUCAUCAUGAUUUGUAUAUUUUGAUGCUAAAGCUGCUCACAGAAGCCUUUGUAAAAAUGGCAAUGUUGUCGAACAUGUUGAUUGUUGCAGCUGUUCUUUUCUUCCUUUUGAAUGUAUAAAAUCAUGCCCUGUUUACUGCAUCUAUCGAAUGUAUCAACUAUAAUGGAUCUUUUCAAUAUCAGCUUUGAUAUACUUUUUCAUAUAUUUAAUAUCCUUGUAUA